GACGAAGUCUGUGGCAGCACAGAUGCUACCGCAGCAGGACAGGCAGAAGGCAGCACAAGCCAGAUUUGCAUAAGACCAUGGGUACCGGUGCCCUGACAGCCAGAGGAUGUACCCCUUUGCCCCAGGGCACCAACCAUCAUAUGCCCAAGAGCUGGUCCAUCAAAACUACAGGCAACCUCCUAGCCAAUAAGAACACGCAAAGAGGCACAUCUUCCCCUGGCAGGAAGCAGGACCGUCACUUGUCUCACCCGUCACUCAUCUCACUGGUAGGCUCCUCUUCCGAAGUACUGGAGAUGGCAGUGAACUUCACCUGCAGUUUCGCCACACUCUGCUGUUGUGCACUCUGGGGCUUCGCCAGGACUUCAGAUGCUAUGUAUGUACCGCCACCUCAUUCGACUAUGACACCUGGCUCCCCUGUCCCAGUGAACACCAACAAUCCUGGGGUCCGCAAGGCAGCUCGCUUUGGGGUUUACAGAUACAACAACAGUUCCAACGACCUCUUUCUGUUUAAGGAAUCACAAAUAAACAGAGCCCUGGUACAGAUUGUCAGAGGGCUGAAAUACAUGCUCCAUGUGGAAAUUGAACGCACGGUGUGUGAGAAGAGGGAACACUCUGGCCUGGACAGUUGUAACUUCCAGAGGAAAAAAAACCUGCAACAGAUGCUGAGAUGCUAUUUUGAGGUCUGGAUAACACCUUGGUUACAUAAAGCACAUGUCCCUGUUGCUCUCUGUCGCUGACUCACCUCCCUACAUGAAAGCCUGACUUACAGGGGAUCUAUCACCACCACGAGUAUUUCCUUGCCUGGACUGUUGAGGCCAAAACUGAAGUGGGAAACAGCUGUACAGAAUCACCACAGAGCUUUUCUUGCAAAGCACAUGCUUAUUUUUCUCCCUGAGAAAGAUGCUCAAAAUCUGUGUGAAAAAGACAAGACCUGCCUUGACUGAAUAUUGCUAUCCAGUUGUACAUCUGUUUUUCUAAAACUAAA